AUGCCGGUUUGCCGCUUUGGUCACGUCAAAUCAUCACCAAAGCCGCCGCGGCAGAGGCACCCUUGCUCCGGAGCCAGCAUCACGGACUCGGCCGUGGGGGACCUGAACCCAGAUACACGUCACCCUGUUCUUAACACAUCGGGUUUUGAACAGGCCGAUACUGGGUCUAACAGUCGACUGGAGGGACUAUGCAUCCCCGGACUGGACUGGUCGCGUCUUCCAGAGGCACCGCGCUAUAGUUGUGGUGGCCUCAAAAGUCCAAUGCUCGAUCCCAGGUUUGUGGGCAAUGAGCGUCGACUACGUAAAGGGGACUAG